AUGGACAUUAUAACAUUUCAUUGACUUCUAUUGGUGAUGUUGAGAAGUGCAUUCGUAGCGGCAUUUCUCAGCAUCCCUAACCCUGUUCUCGCAUUCAAUGGCCUGAGGUCGUGGUCAAGACGCGUCGUGUAUGAGAAGAUAGACCUCUGCACGCAGUCGUGCUACAGUCAGAUCGUGCCUGGCCUCUACCUCAGCAACGCGAAGGCAGCGGUCGACGCGGACGUCAUCCGCGCCCUUAAUAUAACUCAUGUCCUCACCAUAGAGACCCACAGGAUACCGAAGUCGGCUUUUCCCAACCCACAUGUAGCGACACUCUUCAUCAGAGCAUAUGACUCUCCCCACACCAACCUGCUGCCGUAUUUUCCGAUGGCGAACGCGUUCAUCGAUGAAGGGAUUCACAGAGGAAAUGUUCUGGUGCACUGCCACUUCGGGGUGUCACGAUCUGCGACAAUUGUGAUAGCGUAUCUGAUGGCGAAGUACCAACUGACGUUCGAGGAGGCGUUCUCUUACGUGCGCAACAGGCGGAGGUUCAUUAACCCCAACCCUGGCUUCAUUAGCCAGCUGAAGGAGUACGAGCGUAUGAACUAUGACGUGAGUAGCUUCCUGAGGCUCGAGGCGUACCUGAACGUGAAGGCUCGCGAGCAUAAGUACAAGAUAGCCUCGGUGACGGCCAUCUUCGUGGGCAUUCUUGUACCGUUGGCCGUCCUCAUCGCCUGACAGUCGCUGUCCCAGUAAACAUGAUGUUAAUGUCUUAAAAUGCAAUAC